AUGAGCUGAUAGGAAAACGUCCAAUUAUUACAGCAGUGUUCAACAGCUACUCACAGUGCUGGUGAAUUCUUCUCCUAAAAAGCACACAGUUUCCCUGCACUCCAUUUCAGAGAUUCUCUGUGGGUCCUGAGCUUCCCAGCGCUGAUGGCUGCAAAGUACCUUCUUGUGUUUCUGACACACACAGGCCUUGGAGCUGCAGAGCCCAGCUGUUCCUCAGAGCCUCUGCAAGCUUCCGUCUGCACAGCAUGGGUGAAUGCAUGACUUUCACGUUCUACAGCUGUGAAGGUUCAUAGGUGACUGACAAAUAACUUGUGCAAAGAUAAACACUUUCUCUGCUGAGUUUCCUCAGAGCUGUAUUGGCUUAAGAUACUUAUCACCAAAGAAGAUGAGUGAUGGGAACAGUAAAUAUCGAAUUCUUCAAGCAUAGGCUGUUGGACACCUGUUUUGUCUGAAAUGACACCGUGUGAGGAUAGAUGGGACGGCUUUUGCUUUUUACAGAUGAAGCAACCUCAUACUGCUGAGGAGGAGGCAUGAGCGAGGAGAUGGAGUCACCACCCCGAGAGGACCAUGUGGACCUGGCACUGAGGGACACGGAUUUCAGAUGCAUGCCAGGUUCCUGCUGAAUGCCAGAAGUAGAGAUCACUACAGAUGGAGCCCCAAAGCCAGCACGGCAGUGGUGGUUCGCUGGUGGUGAUUCAGCAGCCCUCUCUGGACAGCCGGCAGCGGCUGGAGUACGAGCGGGAGAGCCAGCCUACAGCUAUCUUGUCCCUGGACCAGAUCAAGGCGAUCCGCGGCAGCAAUGAUUACACUGAAGGUCCAUCUGUGGUGAAAAAAUCCGGGCCACGGACAGCACCGAGGCAAGAGAAGCACGAAAGGACUCAUGAAAUCAUACCGAUUAAUGUGAAUAACAAUUAUGAGCACAGACCCAGCCACCUGGGGCACGUGCCACAUCAGCAUAAUGCAAGGGUUCCUGUUUUGAGCAGAUCAACCAGCACGGGGAGCGCGGCCAGCUCUGGGAGCAACAGCAGUGCUUCUUCGGAGCAAGGACUGUUGGGACGGUCACCUCCAUCGUGGCCGGGCCACAGGUCUGAGCGGACAAUCCAGACGCAACCCAAGCAGUCGUCAUUGAUUGUAGAUGAUCUGAAGGGUCCUUUGAAAGAGGACUUGACACAGCACAAGUUUAUCUGCGAACAGUGUGGGAAGUGCAAAUGUGGUGAGUGCACAGCCCCGAGGGCCUUGCCUUCCUGCCUGGCCUGCAACCGGCAGUGCUUGUGCUCGGCAGAGAGCAUGGUGGAGUAUGGCACCUGCAUGUGUUUGGUCAAAGGGAUCUUCUACCACUGUUCUAACGACGAUGAAGGGGACUCGUACGCGGAUAAUCCCUGCUCUUGCUCCCAGUCACAUUGCUGUUCUAGGUACCUGUGCAUGGGAGCCAUGUCCUUGUUUUUGCCUUGCUUGCUCUGUUACCCUCCUGCAAAAGGAUGCCUAAAACUGUGUCGAGGGUGUUACGACCGCGUCAAUCGUCCGGGCUGCCGAUGCAAGAACUCCAACACUGUCUAUUGUAAACUGGAGAGUUGCCCCUCCCGGGGUCAGGGCAAGCCGUCAUGAUUUUUGGAGGGAGGUUUACUUCCUCCAACUUUUGAUUUUUCAGGUUGUAGCUGAUAUAUAAAUAUUUUUUCUUCCCUUCCUGCCUUUAGGG